CGCAACGGAAUAAUCGUUUCUUUCGAAGAGAUCGUGUCCCCUUAUGUCGUUACCCGGUCUCUAAGCGGGUGAUCGCCGUACGACGCCACAUGGAUGCCGUGUAACACCGUCGCCGUCAGCGGUCUCGUCGCGGGUAAUAUGAAUUCGGAGGGGAACGAUGAGCACGGUCAGGGCAAAGCGGAGGUCAGUGUGGACGUCGGUCUGAAGAAUGACAAACAGUCCGUGGACCAAGACGCGAUGACGUCCAAGGUGCAGCUGGAGAACGGGGCCGAGGAGCAGUUGAGGCUGAACAACAACGGCGGCGGCGGCGGCGGCGACUGUAGCAUCAAGCUCGUGCUGCCAACGUCGAAAACCUCCGUUGUGCUUGCCAACGGGACGAAACCCGUGCAAAACCACCCCGUGUCUGAUUGUGCCAACUCCUUGGAGCAGAACGUUUGUCAGGAUGUGAAUGUAUCUUCCAUGUUUGCAAACGCGACCGCCAGUGUCAAGCCUCAGACUGCGAACACCAAUACCGUUAACUGUCAAUUGAAGCAUAAGACUGUCGUGAAUGCGAGCCCGUUGAGUCUGCCUAAGUCCCAGAUGCACUUGAAUCUAUCUUCCACUCAAGCGAAUGUACACCACGGUCAUAACUCAGCGUCAGCCGUUCUUAAUUCCGCCGCAGCUACCGCCAGUGCUACGUUACAUUCAGGUGUAUCUACGUUAAAUGUAUCAGUAAUGCCUCCUAAUUUAUCAACGAUUAAAUCAAACGACGACGCAGACAUGAAGAAUAAUGUGGAUUACGCAUCUGCCAUAGAGAAAUGUCCUUCUAAGGUCUCUUGCAGUUCAGAUUCUAGUCCGGAGGCUGACUGUUCCUGGACAUCAAAGUCCUACGGAUCUAAACGUGUACUGAAUAACAUAGGUGGUAGUAUAGGCUCGACGAGCCAAGGAACUUGUUGUUUUCUGAGACCUAAUAUCAACGGCAGCAGAGAAGUUGCUGGGCCCAGUGGAUUGCAGAGGACUUCGCAGAGAGAGCAGGUGGAGCGAAUGGAUUCCAGUUCCGGGAACGAAGGGGAUAUGUCCGAUGGAGAAGACUAUUUCUACACUUAUAAAGGAAAUGACGAUGCGAUCCAUUUGGAUCAACAGGAAGAACUGAAUCAGAAUCACGCAGCGAAUCAGAGGGAAGCAGAGGGACAGAACCAUAGCGGUAGAUCGAGUCCAGAGAUGGAUUACCUGGAAAUGGACUUUGAUCCUGGGCCUUCCUGCGAACUGGAUACUGGAGAUAGUGAUCCGGCCUCUAUAAACGAAGAUAUACAGAAUAUAGCGUUAGACAAUAUAGAGCAAGACCCAGUGCUAAAUGAUCUGAGUAGUGGAAAAGUCGUGUCUAGACAGGGAUUGGUAGCGACGCCGCAGACUUCGAAACCAGCGGCACAGCAUGUUAAUCAUACCGCUUACCAACAAUGCACAAGUAAUCAAUGUACAGUAGAGCAAAGUGCAAAGUCAACUUACUCGGCUCCGUGGAUGCCUAGUACUAGCGCUGGAACUGGAAGGUGGGACAGUGCGACACUUUAUCGUAAUACAGGUUGCCCAGUACGCGAGUCGUACGGUUAUCACAACACGAGCGGCGAUCUUAUAUCGCCCGGUGAUAAUAGAGAUUCGGAUUCCGAAUUAUGGGCCGAAUCCUCGACGUCAUCUCUCCCGGACAAUUCCAAUUUGAAUGCCAGGAAGGUUAAUCUCAUUUCUACGCUUUAUCAUCGAAUAAUGGCUAAGAAACUAAUGCUCAAUAAGCAUGCUGCGUUUAAUCAAAGCGGUGAUUCCAAUCUGGAAAAUGAACUGUGUAACGAACGAUUAGAUGGGUUACCGCUAGUUGAAAAGGUAAUGCUGUGGAGUGAGCAGGAAGCCACGAUGAAGCAAGUCACGCAAAUUGGUACCUCCGCCUGUGGUGCUACAUCCGCAAUUAAUGCUUUGUUGGCCUUAAAUGUAUCAUUUUCCCUGGAAGUGUUAGUAAAAGGUGUAAAUACGAGAUUGAGGGAACUGGGUGUACCGCUACCGAGGUAUCUUGUUAGUCGUUCAGUAGCAGGGGCAACUCAUAAAGACAUAGCACGAGGAAUAUCUCUGUCCACGAAUGGUGCAGCUGUAACCAAGUUUUUUGCAUUUUAUCCAGAGAGAAAAGUGUCAUUAUCCCAUUGGUUGCAUUAUUGGAUUUCUAGAGGUGCUGCACCAAUCGCAACAUUGAAUUUACAACAUUGUGGAGAAGGUUGCGAUAUACCAGACGCAUGGCAUCAUCAAAUGAUAUUUGGUGUAGGACAGGCUGGUAUAUAUUUAACAAAUCCCUUAGAAUGUUUACCUGAACAGCUUGUGUGGCAUCAAUUAGUUAGCCCCAGUAUUUUAUUAAUACGAAAAACAGACGUUCUAGCGCAUUGGAAUGCAAAUACAGAUCUAACGCCGCUCGCGACAAUGGAUCAAAAGUGGCGCAAACUUAAUGUCCUUGGGCAAGUUGUAAAUAUGGUGCGAGAAUCAAUGAGCCAAAGGCAGCAACCUAACGGUACGACCAGUGGAGCGACUCACAUUCGCAUUCCGGCGUCUUAUCAAGCAGGCAUUACGUUGGUCAUGUGUGCCGAUUCCGCCGCAGCCACCGAAUUGUUACACGCAGAACAACUACCACUGCUCUAGUCUCAAAUCGAUCAAAAAUUAACAAAUCUGGACUGGUCCACUUGAUUUACAGCAAAUUUUUAUUGGCCGGCCAGCCCACACAACGUUCUUACUCAUAGUUCAUUUUCUAUGUAAACUAUCAGGAUGGAUAAUUUACAUUUUUGACACAAAGCGCGUUUGUAUUCAAAGAGAAUAUUAUUGAUUAAAAUAUAUUUCAAUAGAAUAUUUCUGUUUUAUACAUAGUUAUAUUCAUUAAUUAUCAGAGAUAGCUACAGAGAUAUUAUAAAUAUACUUUAUAGAUGCUUGUAUAGUCGGAAGUAAACUUACCUUGAUAUAAUGUUCAUUACAGAUAUUAUUUCUAGGAAGAGAAUACGAGAUAUAAGUGAUACAAGUAA